GUGAAAAUGUAAUUCACAUUAAACUAUGCUCUCAAUCAACAUAAACAAUUGCAGCCGCGUAGCAGAGCAUACCCAUUUUGAUGGCGAUGGAAAUUUGACCCAUUACAGUUACCAGAGCCAGCCACUAUCCCCGCCAUUUGUUGACUCUUAACAAAUGCCAUGUCGUACAUAUAAACAAACCAUAACCGGCUAAGCAGAUGUCUACGCCUCAGAUCAGCGGAUCCGCCAAGGAAUUCCAUUGACAAAAGAACACCGAAGAAGAAACCAAAGCCCCCGUUUUUUCCCCUGCUGUCGUCGUUAGCAGCAAGUAAGGACAACGGAUACUUCACCAUUUGUUCCAGGGUCGGCCGCUCCGCUUAAAGUCAAAUUCCGGAACAGAGGGUCGAACAAUUCAGGGGAAAUGGGGAAGGGCGCGAAACAGAGCAGCAGAGUGAAGAAGAUGCUGAAGUUCCCGGUGAAGUUGCUGGUGAAAGCCAGAGACUUUUACGUCACAGGGAUGUCCCAAUUGUCCGACCACAUGCGGUAUGAUGCCGUCGCCACCAUGGGCUGCCCGACCCCCUACACCGCCGGGCUCCCGAGGAGCUACAGCGUCGGAGGCGGUGGAUCGACGAACUCGAGGUCGGAUUACAGCGAGCUAAUCAGGACGGCUUCCCUCAGGAGUAACAACAGGAGUGUUUCUCAGAAACAGGGUGUGAUUUCUUCAGGGAUGAUCAAAGUCAGUGGGGAAGCAGGGAAGGUGUCCAGAAGCUACAGCGUCGGGCUUGGACGGAUAGAUGAGGAGGAGAAGUCAGGCGAAUUCGGGGAAGAUCGUGCGGCGAGCUCCGACGCUUUUCGCAGGAGCAGAAGCUGCGCGGUUUCAGCAACCGGCGGUGUUCUUGCCAGGACGGCGACUGCAGGGAAGUUCAGACAGCAGCUAUAGUUUAGCAUGGGAGGGGAUUUGAUCACUUUGCUCAAAACCAGAAGCUGCCCUGUUUCUGCCCUGCCUCGCUCUACUCACCCGAAAUUCUUCGUCCUGAUAGACAUACAUCAGGCAGGGGAGAACUUUUUCUUCUUCGUUUAUGGUUGUAAAUGUUCUGGAAAAGACCAGGAAAAAAGCUUGCCCAAUACA